GUCUGCCUUGUAACAUAUGGGUCGUCAACAGAGACAAGCAGGCCACACCAACCGAGACAAGCAGGCCACACCAACUGCUGGCAACUGUGUCACCCUCUUGGCAGUGACCUGCUGGGGCAAGCACAAGCUGAGAGAGCCGUGAGAGUGGGCAUCAACACAUCACUCAGGACCAUAAGGACAGGUGUGUGUGUCCGUGGCUGUGACCUAUGUCUACUGUGUGACAGAAGUGUUGACAUUUAUUAUCCUAAGAUGGUCUUGAAGGGUACAGUAUGGAGAUUAGUUCAGGUUGGCAGAGGGCCUUGGUUCUUCAAGGUACCACAGAGUUCUUAGCCAGCAGAAAUCUGUACGUAGCAUGCUGUGUCCGGAGUGCCAAAGUCAGUGUACCCCAGCCAAGAGCCGUGCCUACCAGGAGGGGUGCUAGACCCGAUCGGUGCCAACCACGCCAACCUGGUGUUGAGAAACUGGCAAAGUUGUGGGGAGAUUGGCACCUGGAGAGAUCUGACAGCAGUCUUUUUCCAACGAGACUGGCAGUGCCAUCCCAGAGACAGUUAGGCCUUUGACAUCUUCCAGAUACGCUGUGCGCAUCUGUGAGAGCAGAGGAGAGUCACAGGGGGAAAUGAUCGCAGAGAAAUGUAACUAUUAUGAAUACUUUGCGAAGGUUACGAUGGGAUGCAAAAUACUAGAUCAAGUUGAAAUUAUACGUUUUUAAACACUGAUCAUUUGGGAGCUUUUACAUUAUCACAACAAUUUCAAUGCAAAUCCAACCUCCACCUCCUUCUGUCUGUUUUCCAGCUGACUCUUCACAGCCCCGCACGCAUGAUGAGCCCCCCUGCCACAGCUUACCCUCCCAGCGGGCACCAGCCUGCCCAGCAGCCCCAGACACUGGUACGCUGCCAGGCCCUGCCAGGCCCACAGGGGCACACACUGACAACCAUAGAGAAACAGAGACAGAGGGAGGACAGUUGAUCAGACAUUUGGGACACAUCUCCCACCACGGGCCAGCUGCCAGCUGCAUGCAACCAGUAUGGAGCAGGCUGCUUGCCACAUUGGAACAUGAUUAUCUUUAAUUUGGUCUGCUUUUGUGUGGAGUACAAUGGCCACCAUAAAGGGGGCUGAGCCACCUGUAGAGUUAGUGAAAUGGUCACGCUUGGAGCAUUUGGGCUGGACAGGAGGAGUGACAUGAUGGUUGUGUUCUGAAGUGCUCACCUUGUGUUCGUUUGUUUGCUUUUUCAAGUCACAGACAAGAGUUAAAUAAGUGUUUACAGUUUUGAGUUUUCAAUAUGCAUGUGUAUGCUUAUGAUGUUUCUUUGUUUGUAUGUGUUAUGUAGUGUGACAGGUCAUCCCAGCAAGGCUACUCCAGAGGACCUGUUCUACCUCCUGUCAUGCAGGGUUGUCCAUAACAACCAACCAGGUUUUAAUUUGUCCGUCCGUCCGUCUGUCCGUCUGUUCUCUCUUUCUCUUUCUCUCUUUUCCACUCUCUAGCUUUCUCUCUGUCUCCUCUCCAUGAAUGUUGUUUUCAUUUUUUUCCCUCACCUCUUGCUCCUUUUAAUUAAGUUAAAUAUUUACAAUGUUGAAAGUAAAGCAACAAAAUGCUUGGAAGGUGCUGCCUCACUGAAAGGUUGACGACCCCCAGUGGAAAAAUGUGCCAUGAAAGGUCAUGAUACCGUAGCAGUGGGAGCUGUCAGAAAAAGUAACGUAAACAACAACAACAACUCGCCUGGCUCAGUGUGUUGUCUGUCUGUUUGUUGUCAAUAUGUUGCCAGACGUGGUGUUGGAGUGCCUGGGGAGCCAGUGGGAGCUGCACUGCCCUCAUCUCACCAAGUCAGGCACCCUGAGUGACCUCUACAUGUCAGCCAGGCAGAAGAGGGCAAGGAGCCUUCAGGACAGUGCAGGUGCACUGCUUAAAUGUGUCACCCCAUCUGCCAGAGUUUAUCUGAGUACAGUAUCUCUGCAUCUCUUACUGACUUUGCCACAAAAUUCAGUUGAGUAAAUCAUGACAAACUAAAUUUAAACAUUUGGUCACAGCUGACACAAAUUACUCCCAUGAAUGUGAACCUCUUCCGCACGUGUGCAAAACCUCUUUGCACAAUUGUUCAAUCAGCAAUCAGUCCUUAUUCAUGCAUAAAAGAGGUCACCUCUGAGAUUGCUGUUUGCAAGAAUGGACCAAGUAAGAGGCAUAGGACAAGGACAAAGGAGAGGGAGAGGGGCCCAUAGAGGAAGAUAGUUCAGCUCUCAGUUAAAAUGGAAAAAUAUCAAAUAAAGCCUUUUUGUUUAUGGAUAUGCAUGCUCUUGAGUGACAUUCUUUCUGCUUUGGUCAUCUUUGGUAAAAUCAUUUUAGGUAAAAAGAAUACAGCCGUGAUAAUAUGUUUACUUGCCUUUUAUAGUGCAUACUAUAAUUAUGCUAUCAACAAAUGGCACAGACAUUGUUAGGGUAUAUUGAUAGUUGUAGUUAGUAUUUAUUGGGCCAUUGUGUAACGAUUGAUUGAAAUAACUCUUCAUUAGAUAACAAGUUGUAUAUUUUGAUGGACGUAGUUGAUUUUGUGUCAUGUAUUUAAUGGUUUGAGAGUCUUCAUGCAUUUUGCAGUUUGGGGCUGCGUGUUAAUUGUUUAGAAAAAGUUUAGAAUUCUGUUUGGACAAAUGUGCUCAAGCAAUCGAGAAAAACUGUAUCUGUGCUGAGUGUUGGAGAUAACAGUAUUAGAGCCCUAAUGUCUCUGCAUCCUAUCAUUGGUCCUAUCUGGUGUGGGAGACAGACAGGGCCCUAGUCACAUAAGUUAUUGCCAAAUGUUUGUCCUCUGAUAACAUUUUGAGGAAAUGUGUUUUAUAGUGACAAUCCGGAAUUCAUUUUCUAGGAGGACAGACAACUGGUUUUCGUCAGUCCCUUCUGCAAGGACAGAUGUGAUUAGGUUUCUGGCCUUGUUCUCCCCCAGCAUAUUGGUUUCAUUUGUCAUUCAGUAAACCAAACUAAGAAGUUGGUCCUUUAAGUGUUGUCUUGUAAAAAAUAUAUAUUUUUUUUUUUACUGCCUUAUCAUUGCAAUAUUUGUAUCUUAGGUGUAUCUUUAAGUGUAUGUGUUUGUGUGCAUUUGUGUGAAUAUCCAUGUCAUCUGAUUACUUCUGCCAUAGUUGUAGCAUGUGUUUGUUCUUGCAUGGACCAGAAAGUCGUAAGAGUGGGAGAGACAAGUCACACAGCCGACCAGGCAGCAGCAACUCCAGCAGGGACAAACAGAAUGGGAAGAAACCCACAGGCCCCCUGGUCCUCCACCUCUCUGUGAAAGAUGCUGCCAUCACCAAAGAGGGUAGCUACAAGAAUCAUACACCCAUAACAUACAUUUUUCAUUGGGGACAUUAAAGUAAAUCCUGACUCCCAUUGACAAACCGUAUAUAUUUGGUUCAAUUACAGUUCAUGUACCCAUAUCGCUCAUACAGUAUACUGAUGGCUGAUUAAUGAAAUGAAUGGUCAGACUGUUAAGCUUGUGUUUUCCCCUAGCCCUCUCCUUUGCCCUCGGGAGAGGGGGUGCUCUCUGCCACCGCCCUGCUGGGCCUGCCACACCUCUUCCAGAGAUGAGCCGGACUACCACAACACACUAAUGGUCUGGGGAACCCAUAGGAGUGUAUAUUUGUAGCACUAACACACCUGAUUCAACUAAUCAAGUGCGUGAUGAGUAGUUGAAUCUGACAAGCUAGUACUGGGUAAGAACAAAUAUGUGCACCCCUGUGGGUCACCAAGUUCCAUGUUUGAACUUUACCAUACUAGACUGUACAGUCUCUGUACUGUAAAACAAUGCUGUGGCUGCAAACACAGCCAAAACCGAUUAAUCCUACUUUCAACAAAAACAAGGUCAAGGAGGUACAGGGAUGAACUUUUCCCUGCUUGUAUAAAGUGAUGUCAGAUUGGAUAACUGAUUUCGUAACUUAUCAUACUAUGGUGCCUCCAGAAUACACCCCAUCUCUGUAAGGGUUGGUGUGAGGUGUGACCCAGGUGCGGUGCAGGUUAGACAGUAGGCAGUAGGCAGAGAUGGUGAAACAAGGAACUUUACUGAUUGUCCCGAAGCCAGGACACAAAAUAACGGACUUUACACGAGAAAGAAAGGCGGAGCAAAUAAGACUCCAAAAAACAGGCAGACAGCCAAAAAUACAAAAUACUAACUAUGACUGAAAUAAUAAAUAAACAGGGAGAACACUUCUCACGUACCUGUCCACACGUCCCGUGAUCAGACACUGAUUAGUACUGCUUGGCAUAGUGAAACAAGCAGAGAAAACUGAGCAAGGGAACACAGUGAAGUGAGGGCAUAAAUACACAGGUGAAUCAGAUAGACACAGGUGACACCAAUAGGAAGAUGAUUAGUCCCGACUGUGAGUGAGGAGGUGCCUAAGGUUUGUUGGAGGAUGACACCUAGUGGGUUUCUCCGAAACUGCGACCCCCUCCUGUAACAGUGCCCCCCCCCCCUCCUUGACGAACGGCCCCAGGGGACAGGUGGCGACGGGCUUGAGGAGGGACACAUGGAAUGUGGGAUGCACCUGCAUGGUGGGGGGAAGUUGGGGCGGUAGGCCACUGGGUUGACUCGCCAGACCACUCUGAAUGGCCCGACGAACCGGGGGGACAGCUUCCUGGACUCCGCGUGGAGAGCCGCACCCUCUGGUUGACCUGAUGUUGAGACCUGACGAGGCUCGCUUAAGUGCCGCCCGUACCUGCCUCCAUGUGCGGCGACAGCGACUGAUGUGGGGCUGGACCGACGGGACCGCAGCCUCCUCCUCUUGCUCGGGGAAUAGGGGGGGUUGGUACCCGUAUUGGCUCUGGAAGGGGGACAGGCUGGUGGACGAGCAGAGAAGGGUGUUGUGGGAAUACUCCGCCCACGCCAGUCGCUGACUCCACGUAGCUGGGUUGCUGGAGGCAUAGCACCUCAGCACCCCCUCCAGAUCCUGGUUGACGAGCUCCGUCUGCCCGUUCGACUGGGGAUGGAAGCCAGAAGACAAGCUGACGGAGGCACCGAGGCAGGUGGCAAACGCCUUCCAGAACUGAGGGCCCCGAUCCGACACCACAUCUUGGGGAAGGCCAUGGACCCGGAAAACGUGCUGCACCACCAACUUAGCCGUCUCCCGGGCCGACGGGAGUUUGGGAAGGAGAAUGAAGUGGGCAGCCUUCGAGAACUGGUCCACAACGACCAGGAUGACUGUGUAUCCAUCAGAGGGGGUAGGGAGGAAAUGAAAUCCAGCGAGAUGUGGGACCAGGGGUGCUUGGGGAUAGGCAGGGGUCGGAGCAGCCCUGCCGUGGGCUGAUAUGAGCUCUUCGUGCGCGCGCACACCGGGCAAGCUGCCACGAAGGCGCGCGUACCCCCCUCUGCAGAUGGCCACCAGAACAGAACCUCCUACGCAGGAACUCCAAUGUCCUGGUGCCCCCCGGAUGGGGGGUGAGGUCGGACGCGUGUGCCCACUGAAGCAGUCACGAGAGUGCAGCCUUGGGUACGAACAUCCUCCCCGAUGGACCUCCGCCCAGAUCGGGCUCCCGCCGUAGCGCUGCUCUGACCAGCCUAUCGAUUCCCCACGAAACUGGGGCAGCAAUCAGGGCAUUGAGGACAAUGGGGUCGUCCCUCUCCACCAGGUCCAAUGGGUCGAACUGCCGGGAGAGCGCGUCAGGCUUAGUGUUCUUCGACCCCGGAUGAUAUGAAAUGGUGAACCAGAACCUGGUGAAGAACAACGCCCACCUAGCCUGGCGCAAGUUGAGCGUCUUGGCCCCCUGAAUGUAGGCUAAGUUCUUGUGGUCAGUCCAUACGACAAAUGGAUGGGCGGCCCCCUCUAGUCAAUGUCUCCACUCCCCUAGGGCGAGCUUGACCGCUAGCAGCUCACGGUUCCCCACAUCGUAAUUCCGCUCCACCGGGGACAGCCGACGGGAGAAAAAUGUGCAGGGGUGAGUCUUACCAUCCGUGAGGAACCGCUGGGACAACAUUACUCCCACCACAACGUCUGAAGCAUCCACCUCCACAAUGAACGGCAGGGACGGAUCAGGAUGCCCGAGGACCGGGGCCGAUGUAAAGCGCCACUUCAGCACAUCAAAUGCGUUCCCCGCUUCCGGGGUCCAUGCAAAGGAGCGUACACUCGUCUGGUUGAGGGGUGUCAGGGGAGCGGCUAGGGAGCUAAAAUUGCAAAUGAAUCGCCUAUAAAAAGUAGCGAACCCUAAAAACCAUUGUAGUUGCUUGAGGGAUGAGGGCUGGGGCCAGUCCAGUACUGUGCUGACCUUGGCUGGGUCCAUCCGUAGGUCCCCCUGGGUGACGAUGAACCCCAGGAAGGAGACUGUCUCAGUGUGGAACACACACUUCUCCGCCUUGACAUAGAGCUGGUGACGGAAAAGGCGUUGGAGGACCUGCCGAACGUGCUGCUGGUGUUCACUCAUGUCCUUCGAAAAUAUGAGGAUAUCAUCCAAAAACACGAAGACGCUGUAGUUGAGGAGGUCCCGGAGCACGACAUUGACCAACGCCUGGAACACCGCAGGCGCGUUGGCUAGACCAAACGGCACGACUUGGUACUCGUAAUGCCCACUGGGUGUGUUGAACGUUGUCUUCCACUCGUCCCCCUCCCGAAUUCUCACCAGGUUGUAAGCAUUACGUAAGUCCAGCUUGGUGAAGACGCGGGCUCCCUGUAAUGACUCGAAUCGUCAUCAGGGGGAGUGGGUAGCGGUUCUUAACCGUGAUGUAGUUGAGCGCCCGUUAAUCAAUGCACGGCCGCUGCCCACCGUCCUUUUUCCCCACGAAGAAGAAGCCUGCGCCCGCGGGUGAUGUAGAGGGACGGAUGUGACCCUCGACGAGUGCCUCGUCGAUAUACUCCCUCAUGGCCAGCGUCUACGGCCGGGACAAGGAAAACAAUCGCCCUCGUGUGGGCAUGGCGCCCAGCAGGAGAUCGAUAGCGCAGUCGUAUGGCCUAUGAGGAGGUAGGCCCUUGGCACGCCUCUUACUAAACACCUCCCCGCACUCUGAACCACCUCCCAAUACUCCAGAGGAAUGCCUGCCAGGUCUGGGCCGGUGACGGAGUCUGUAGCUGCCGUCCUCCCGGUGGCAACCGCCGCUAGGGCGGUAGGCGGUUCGGAGUGCGGGACCUGGGGAAGAGGUGAGGACUGGUAGGUGGUCUGGGACGGUGAUUUGGGCUGAUGAGUGAUCGGUGGAAACCGGAACAGGACGGGGGCGGCACCUCCCUCCAGGAUGAGCCGCCUCCCUCCAGGAUGAGCCGCCCCAUGGACCAAUCUAUCCGGGGUUUGUGGGCGACCAGCCAGGGGUGAACACUCCGGAGAGUCCACAAUGAAAAACUGGAUAUCCUCCCAUAGCCCCCCGCCACCCGGACACAUACGGGAACAGUGCGCCGGGUGAUAAAGCCCGACCCCAACGGCCGGUCGUCCAGACCUAUGACCGGAACCGGCUCGGAGAGGGAGCAUAACGGAACGCUCCACCCUUGGGCCAGCCCCGCGUCCAUCAGGUUUCCCGCGGGCCCACUGAACCCUGUCGGGGAGAAAAGUCUGGGAUUCUCUGGAGUUGGGGUUUCGGUUCAGGCUCACUAGCACCCGUUCCGAUACUAGCGAGCCCUCCUGUUUCCCAGCUUCUCCGGGCAUGAUUCGCAGGGGUGACCUGUCUGGCCGCAGUACAGGCAACGCACCCAGCUGCAUAGCCUCCUCCUGAGGCGUCUCCUCCCUGAAUCGUUGGAAAGCCUCCGGGCUGAUAGGGGGACACGGAGGCGCGCCUUGCGUCAUGCCUCUCUCGUGCGCCCUCUCACGACGCCGAUUGUCUAUCCACACCGAGAGGUUGCUCAGGCAGCUCCCUGAAGGAGAGUUCGUCCUUCAUCCCCUCCGAUAGCCCCUGAGCGUAAAGGACGACCGGGGUGUCCUCCUCCCACCCGAGAGGUGUCGAACACCUUGCGUAGCUCCCGGGUGAAUAGGUAGGAAUCGGAGCAUGCCGGAGUUUGGCUCUCGGAAUCAGAUAGACACAGGUGACACCAAUAGGAAGAUGAUUAGUCCCGACUGUGAGUGAGGAGGUGUCUAAGGUUUGUCAGAGGAUGACACCUAGUGGGUCGCUCCGGAACUGCGACCCCCUCCUGUAACACAUCUCUUGUGGGACCGACCUCAGUUGGCCCGAUUGAAGUGGUUGAUUCAUGUCCAUGAGACUGGGUGGGGAUGGGUUUGAAUGAGAUGAAUCCAUGUCAACCUUGGCCAUAUUUCCUCAGCUUGUCCUGGAAUGUACUGUAAGAUAUUUUAAGCUGAAAUCAGAAACGGCAUUCAAGAGUCCCACCCAGUCAGUGGUGUAGUGGAGGGUAUACGUCUUACACCCACUUAUUUUUAGUUAGCAUUGCAUAUACACACUAUUUAAAUCCCUACGAUGCGUAUCAAAGUAGUGUAGUGGAGGUACAGUAUACGCCGUAUCAGUUAUUAAGGCUGAUGGAAUAUUUAGCCUCAAAUGUUGAUGAACUAUUUCUAAACAUUUCAGGCUCAGCAAUGUGCACGCGUAUGCGCAAAUGUUCCUAAAUGCAAUUUGCGGGAAAACCCCUUUCUUAGAUGCGCACUGCACAUGCGAGUGGUUUCAUGUACAGAGAUAGCAAUGUCCGUUAGAAAUUCAGAAAGAGGUGAGAUUAAAGAUGCAACAACUAUCAUGGGUUGCUAAAAUGAAUAGGACAAUGCCUUUCACAGCUAGACAAUGAGAGAAAGAAAACCAAUAGAACAGGAGAAAGUAUAUGAGGAAGUCUUUAUAAAAUAAUUGCCUCCACGUUUCUAUGGUGGGAUUUUGGCUAUAGGCUCCUUUGAAGCAAGGUAAGGCAUGCCUCAUAAUAUUAUGCAGAUUUUAGCAUGUAAAUCUCGGUGGGGCAAACUCCCAAUUUUUAGGGGGAUGCAUGCCAUCAAAGCCACUACACAACACAACAUUAAACAAUAUAUUCAUUGCACUAUAAUGGUGACAAAGGGUUCCCACAAACUGCCUACAUAAAGCUAUCCCAACAGCAGAGCUUUCUUUUCAGCACCAUGGAGUGAAUCCUUACCACUGCCACACCUGGCUAUCAGCGGAGCCUUGUCUGGCAGCGAAACAGUUCAUUCAGCCUCAUUUACUGCCUUUAAAAAAAAACAUAGCUGAUAUGGCUGACUUGCUUAAACAAAUGUGGUUUCUACUGUACAAACUAUGGCAUAAGGGAACGAUGAGUGGAUAAGAGGCAAUCCGUCAUUUCGAUUAAGACAUUGAUGAGCGAGCUAAGACGGAUGUAGUCAAUAUAACUAUUUGUUCAGCACUUUUGAAAUGUACAGCGACAGAAUUCAGAACAUGGGCCGUUCUUACAGUAUUCUCCCUGUACACCAAGUCAGAACCGUAGGAUAAAUAAAGGGGGCAUAUAAGCAGACAAUGAAAGCUCUUACAAUAUUCAAUGAUUACAUUUCCCCAAAACAGGCUAUAGGCUACAUGUGCACCACCAAGUCAGAACAGUAGGAUAAAUUAUGAGGGGGAAAGGGACCAAAUUAUUAGGGUGAGGCACAUGGGCUACAAACAGCUUACUACACAACAUACACUUAGUAUUACUUUCUUAGCUACAGUAUACAUAUCUCCCUGGCAUAUUACAUAAUUUAUGCAGCAGCAUACAAUACAUUUUUGGACACCUUGUUGUGCUGUGCUCAUUUGAACAGGAAGGUGACGUGGCGGUCCAUGUGGGCAAAUUUUGUCAUCAAACUUUGUCAUCAAAUUCUGGCAUUCUCUGGAUUUAUGCUGCUUUCAAGACAACUGGGAACUCUGAAAAAAACAAGGUUCAAUCAUGACAUCAGUGAUCUUCAAGGUCGGAGCUCUAGAAAGAGGCCCGAGUUCCCGACUUGGAUUCCAAGUUGUGUGACUGUUCAAAAGGUAUUUUCCCAAUCGGAGCUAGUUUCUUUUUUGAGUUCCCAGCUGUCUUGAACUCACUGAAGUCUGAGAUUUCCCAGUUCCGAGUUUCUAGUUGUUUUGAACGCGGCAGAAGUCAUACUGGAUUGACAGCAUGAAUGUUCAUCCUUUUAAGCUUGGAAAAGAACACCUUAAACCCAGACUUGGGCCACACACCCACUCUACUGAAUACCAGGCUAGUGAUUGCUUUGCAAUGCCUGCAGAGCGCCAUUGAUUCCUUCCAAACCAAUCAAUGUUGAAUUUGCGAUUUCCAACUUGUUGUGUAAUGUUUAUGUUCAAUGGCCGAUGAGCACCGAUUCAUUUUAUCUAUCAUUUAUCUUCAUAUGACAAGGAUCGAAAAGGAUUUGCCAGUAGAUUGUCGACGUGAUUCAUGAUGAUGACUGCUUGCUAAGAUUUUGAAAGGAUGAUGUUGACAUGAUUAGUCCAUUAAAAGCUACGGUAGAUAUAACGUGAUUUGACUUCAUUUUAUCUGUGGCCAAUGACCUUGAGCCUUCUUGGAUGGGCACUUCUAAUUUAACUCUAUGGCAGCACCCAAGGAGCUUGAAUUUUUGAGCUCUCCCCAUAGAUUUUGCGGGUACGUAGUGUCUCCAUGAGUGACAGAGCACUGAGCCAAUCACGGCUCAACUAGAGAACAUUACCAACCCCUACUCUCCGUAUUUUCCGCUGGCUGCCCCACAACCACAGAAAGCAAUGAGCUAGGCUGAAACACCUGCAUUUUGGAGCUGCCUUAGUCAAGUAAGCAAAAAAGAGACCAUGUUUGUAUGCAGCUUUAUUAACUCAAAGAUUUUUACAUUGUUUGCAAACUGAUAUGUGACACGUGUUAAUGCCAAAAUAACAUGCAAAACAGGCAACAACAUUUUUUUUUUUUUGCUACAGGUGGGGCUCAAAACUGAAUGACUGGUCGCCACUAUAAUAUUAAGUAAAACACCCAGGUUUCAAACAAUUAAGGAACAGGACAAAUAUAGAGAUGCUAAUGAUAGGCCUAACUGUACUCUGGUAGAUAGAAAGGCUUUUCCAAAACCCUUCUCAAUUAAAUCUUAACUAGCUACAAAGUAGCCUAUGCCUACCAGGCAGAAUGAUAUCAUGAUUAUUUGCAUCAAUCCAGUGACCAUAUGUUUUGCAAACUCUACCUCAUGUGCUACAGAAACACCUCUAACCAAACAACAGUGCUUGGUGCAUGAGCGCUUGAAUUAAAGGGUAACUACACUAAAAAAUAUAUAUAUUAGAUUUUUGACAGAACUUAAAAGUGAUCUCCUGAUGUGGUUUAAGCAUUGUUAUGGACUUACAACAUCCAAUUUUGUUUUUUUAUUAACAAAGUGUGACUUUGAAAACAAAAACCAGAAAAAUCUGAAACCUGUGAAUUUUUGAGUCAGUUGACAGCCUCGUUUAUCUGUUUCAAUAGUAGGCCUAUUAUUAGUCUACUUGCACAGUACAGCUUGGGUUGUCCUGACUGUGAAAGACCAAUAUGGGAUGUAUAAUUUUAGGUCAUUCAGUGUGUCACUGUUUCUCACAGAAUUUGUCACACAGGGAGCCUCUCCUUCACCCGGCAGGCCGUUUGGGAUUUCUUGGGCAAAAUUAUAGUAUAUCCACUUCUCCAGGCACCACUACACAACUGCACCCGGUCACUUAAGUCACCCUGGCCUGUAUCGUAAAUAAAGCAGACGUUUAUUAUGGUCUGUAACGGAGGUGACAGACAAUACGUUUGUGAUUGACAGGUGCCUAACGGAGAUGAUAAAUAAGAUCAGCUCCUCCACUGUGUGUGACUUUCGUCGGGUGUCCUGCAAGGUAAGCUGGGGUAAAUAGCAUCUGCUGUGUGUGUGGGUGGGUAAAAAAGUUACUGCUCAAAAAUAUACAGUAGGGGGAGCCAAAUCUCCUCAAACACAUAUGCACUGCUUGAAAAGCAAAAAGGAAAGAUUAUAACCAUAAAUAGGUUCUAAGUGGCAUAGCACCCAUUUGUGGUCAUCAUUUUUGCUUUUCAAUUACGAUUCCCCUCCAAGAGCAAUUGUGGUUGUUGUGGAAUACCCGAAGAGCUCCUGCUACUUUUCUUCAACAUAUGCACUGCUGUCUGAAUUGUGUUUCCAUGCAUGUUUGUCUAUGUUGUUGUCUCUGUGACAUUUUGUUUGUGUGCAUGUUGAUAUAUGUUUUUGUGCACAUCUGUGUGUGUGUGUGUUUGCUUAUUUUUCUAUGUGGUUCAGUAUAAGGAAACCAGUCUUCAGAGAGCAUGUGAGCGAUGGAUGGAGCUUUACCUGGUGACUGAGUUGAGAUGUUUCAUCUACCUUAGAGACCUACAGCUCAGAUCCUUCCCUACCAUAGGUCCAUUAUUACCUUUUUCUCCAGGUACAGAUCACAUAGGGCUCAAGGUGGGAGUCUUCAGGCGUAAGUUUCAUUUUGUGUCCAUUCAAGUGGAGGGAAUUCGUAGGCAACUGUCCAUGGAUAACAUGUUCGUUCUGUUUGUUUGAACAUUGAUUCUGGUAGACAUGUAACUACACUGCCCCACAAGCUUUUCUCUCACUCUCUCACGCUCACCCUCUCUCACUCCAGUUGACCGAGGGCUGGCAUCUUCCUUCUUUUGCUCUUGUUAACUAUGUGCAUUAAUUCAUGUUCAUAAGGCCUUUCAUAGUGCAAUGUGUUCAUCAUUACUAUGUCGCAAUGGUGUAAGGAGAAGGACUAAACUAAAGACAGACCUAUUGGCCGCGGCCUCUGUACGUGACUACAACACUCUGGAGCCCGUGUCCGUCCUAUCAUGCAGCUGGAGACACAUGUAAUGUGUUGCUACAAGGGCCGCCGGACCAGUGGUCCAUAGGCGAGCAGCCAGUUUUAAUAUCAGUUUGAUAUUAAAGAACCACACAACGUGACUCUAGCCUCCCAGUGUGAUUCUGAUAAACAGGCUCCUCUACUGUGAAAAUCAUGCACAGUAGACACCUUGGCAUAUGCCUAAGUGGGCAAGGUCCCAGGCAAAUAACAAGUUCUCAGCCUCUGCUUAGAUUCCUGGAAUCAUGGUGUGAUUCAUUCUGAAACUCUGCAGAUUUUUAUUGACUUGAGGUACUGAAUAUAUUAGUCAACAUUAAAUGAAUCUCAGACCAGUUGCACCAGCCAUAGGUUAUCAUUGGUGGGCUAUGAUUAUGUUUAGGUAUUACAUGGUAACUGUUAACUGCUUUCACGUAGUUACUUUUGAAUUGUUUGGCAUUCAUCAGAGGUGGUGUUGUGUGUGUGUGUGUGUGCGUGCGUGAAAGGGUAAAUGUGAGUGACAUUAUGGUGAGUGUUUGCUUGACGGUGAACCCUUACCUUUGACCCCUCCAGGAGCCCAUCUAGAGGAGAUGCAACAGAUCCAUGUCUUUCCUCAGUCCUGGCUGCUCCUCAUCUUCUCCAAUCACUACUACACUGUGCAUUCAUGUACAAUGUAGACAGGCACGCCUAAGAGUUCAAGAGGAUAAUUGGGCAAACAUAUUGUUUUCCGAUAUGCUGCUGGACGUAGCCUACAAUCCUCUUUCUCCCUCGUUCGAUUUUAUCCCAGCUCCACAGUGGAGGAGACAUGCAAGUAACAGAUUUCUCCCGACAAACAUUACGCUUCGGCAUAGUCAUUAAGAGGGUAAGUCUAACUUACUGUAACUUACCUUGUUUGGUAAAUUGGUGAAAGGUGAAAAUGAAUCUGUUUUGUAAGUCAUUGGUGCUAUUGAUUUGGUGUCAUCCUACAGGAGCCUCGGUACUGCACGCAAACCAUUGAACUGUAUGGCUUCUACUUCCUGCUGAAAGCAGCCAACAUGAGAGAGCCAGACUCGCAUGGCUUCUUACUGCAGGUCAGGGUGCAUCAACACUGUGUCUGCAUCUCAAAUGGCAUGUGAUUCACUAUGGGCCCUGGUCAAAAGUAGUGCACGAUCAGUGAUGAUUUUAGCAUGUAAAUCUUGGUGGGGCAAACUCCCCAAAUGUAUUUUUGAUGCGUGCCAGGAAAGCCACUACACAACACAACACUAAACAAUUGCAUUAUAACGGUGACAAAUGGCGCCCACAAACUGUUAGGGCCUACAUAAAGCUGUCCCAACAGCAGAGCUUUCUUUUCAGCACCAUAGAGUGAAUCCUUACCACUGCCACACCUGGCUAUCAGUGGAGCCUUGUCUGGCAGCAAAACAGUUAAUUCAGCCUAAUUUACUGCCUUUAAAAAAAAAACAUAGCUGAUAUGGCUGACUUGCUUAAACAAAUGUGGUUUCUACUGACAAUUAAGAUGUACAAACUAUGGCAUAAGGGAACGACGAGAGGAUAAGAGGCAAUCGGUCACUUCGAUUAAGACAUUAAUGAGCGAGCUAAGACGGACGUAGUUAGUUUAACUAUUUGUUCAGCACUUUUGAAAUGUACAGCGGCAGAAUUCAGAACAUGGGCCGCUCUUACAGUAUUCUCCCUGUACACCAAGUCAGAACUGUAGGAUAAAUAAAGGGGGCUGUUACGAACCCCGUGGCUUUGAACGUCUAGGAUGAUGGACAUGAGACCCGUAACAUAAUUCAUGUAAAUUAUAAGUGUGACAUGGAACAGUGAGAAGGAAAAACUACACGACAACCAUAAACUACCGUCAAACACAAAUGGUUUAUUUCUGAACACACGGUAACGGUUUGGGAAAAAAGGGCUGAGCAGGACCCAAGAAAUGAAACAAUAGUGUAAAACACCCCUAAACUGAUCUUGCCUGCCUCAAGAACCGCUAGGCUACUGCUACCAUACAAAAAUACAGUGGGUGGUCCGCUCAGGUCUAACUAGUGUUUAUAGACAGUUCUUUCUACAGGAAAUGUAUGCCCAAGGGCAGCUAGCUCAAACUCCCCUUUUCCCAGAAACACACAAUAGUUGCCAAACAGAGUAACCAACAAAUUAAUGAGUACUCUAAACACAGGACAUCACAGUAUCCAUUACUCACAUACAAAACAGUGGUCUAACAAAAUUACCAACCAGAGUAACCGGCAACUUAGUGAGUAAACAAAAACAGGACACCACAGUGUCCAUACUCACAUACGGAAAUAUUCUCUCUCUCUACAAACACAAGUGACUGGUUUUUAUAUAAUGGGAUGUGUGAUUGAAAGAACGAGUAACAGGUGGUGCAAUGCACAGGAAUGUUCACUGAUUGGUCCAAUCAGCAGACACCUCAACGACCACCAAUCAGGAACAUACAGGACACCUGUGAUUAGGGCAGAAGGAGUAGAAACACACAAAAACACAGGAUACCUGUAUCCGUAACACUCCCACCCUUAAAAGAGCAAACCACAAUGGUUUGCGACACACGUACCAUCACAACACCCAAAAUUCAAUAAUCAUCCUGUCGGGAUAAAAAAAAAAACCUAGAUCAUUACACACGAGACAAAGCAUCUGCCAACACAUUAUCCAACCCCUUUUUGUGGCGGAUCUCCAAAUUAUAAUUUUGCACGACAAGUGCCCAACGCAUAAGGCAGGGGUGUCAAACUCAUUCCAUGGAGGGCCUAGUGUCUGCAGGUUUUUGGUUUUUCCUUUCAAUUAAGCCCUAGACAACCAGGUGUGGGGAGUUCCUUACUAAUUAGUGACCUUAAUUCAUCAAUCAAGGACAAGGGAGGAGUGAAAACCCGCAGCCACUAGGCCCUCCGUGGAAUGAGUUUGACACAUGUGGCAUAAGGCGUUGGUUCUGGUUGUACAUCCGGUGGAGAAAACUAAGGGGUUAUGGUCAGUAUACACUAUCACUGGUAAUGCACUGGAACCAACAUAAACUUCAAAGUACUGCAGAGCUAACAACAAAGCUAGAGCUUCUUGUUCAAUGGUGGAAUAGUUUGUCUGACAUUUGUUAAAUUUCCGUGAAAAAUAACAGACAGGAUGGUCCACUCCACUCUGGCCCUGCUGCAGUAGAACAGCACCAGCACCUCUGGCACUUGCAUCUACCUCCAGUUUAAACGGUCGUUCAAAAUCUGGCGCAGCAAGAACAGGAGUACUACAUAAGAGUGCUUUAGCAGUGUUGAAAGCAGUACAACAAUCUUCAGACCAUACAAAUUUUCUCGCCGGACUGAGCAAAUCCGUUAAUGGAGCAACUACCGCAGAGAAAUUUUUACAGAAACUACGGUAGUAGCCAACCAUCCCUAAAAAACGGCGUAGCUCUCUUCUGGUGGUAGGUGCGGGAAAUGCGUUUAUAGCGGAGACCUUGGCAUCUACAGGGCGCACCUGACCAUGGCCGACCUGUUUACCGAGAUAAGUAACAGUGGCCUUCCCAAACUCGCACUUUGCUAAGUUCAGGGUUAGAGAAGCGGUUGCUAGACGUUCACACACUACCCUUAGAGUUUUAACAUGAUCAGACCACUCAGUUGAAUAAAUAACCAGAUCAUCAAGGUAAGCACUACAAUUAGGAACUCCAGCCAAUACUGUGUUAACCAGGCGUUGGAAAGUGGCUGGUGCGUUCCGCAUACCAAAUGCCAUGACAGCAUAUUGUAGGAAGUGAUCUGGGGUCACAAAGGCAGAAAUGUCGGAGGCACGUGGGGUUAACGGCACCUGCCAGUAACCUUUUAGAAGAUCUAGUUUGGUUACAUAAGUAGCAGCACCAACAGUAUCAAUACAGUCAUCCAGUCUGGGUAACGGGAACGAGUCGGGCACUGUGACAGCAUUGACCUUCCGAUAGUCCGUACAUAAUCUGGAUGUCCCAUCAGGUUUAGGAACCAGAAUGCACGGAGAACUCCAAGGACUUGAACUUGGCAUAGCCAGGUUAUUCUCCAGCAAAUAACCGACCUCACCCCUCAUUAUCUUUCUUUUAGAGACGUUGACACGAUAAGCAUGUUGCUUGAUAGGUGCAGCGUUUCCAACGUUAAUGUCAUGUUCUAACACAUUUGUGCAUGUAGGAACAUCAUUAAAAAGACAUGGAAAGCUGUGUAAUAGUCUCACAAUAUCAUCUGACUGUCUGUCCGUUAAAUGAAUCAGGCUUGACGGGAGAGACAGCAGCAUCUCUGAAUUGGGCAAUCUAGCACACUGCUGCUGAGUAUUGCGCAACUCCAAACCAUCUCCGUCCACAUCAUUAACAUGACCUCCCACUACAGCCGUAGCAGCAAUAGAGACAGCCGACUCGGCCAGUUUCUCUGGACUGUCUACCUGAGUGACGGGCCUGGUGUGGUAUGUCUUCAACAUGUUAACGUGGCACACACGAGAUUGGCGUUUUCUAUCAGGAGUCUGUAUCACGUAGUCAGUUUCACUUAGUUUCUUUUCAAUGACAUAAGGACCAGAGAAACGUGCUGACAAUGACGCUCCUGGCACAGGUAACAAUACAAGAACUUGGUCACCUGGCUGCAGUGAACGAGAAACAGCCUGUGUGUCAUAGUGUCGUUUCAUCCGUUUCUGUGAGGAAGACAGCGCUUCCUUUGCUAGAGCACAGGCAGCAUGUAGGCGCUCACGAAAGCGACUAACGUAGUCCAACACAUUUUCUUUCACACACAACUCUUGUGACAAAAACUGAUCCUUAAGGACUUUCAUAGGUCCUCUCAUGGUGUGUCCAAACACCAGUUCAGCUGGGCUGAACCCUAGGGAUUCCUGUACUGUCUCACGGACAGCAAACAAAACUAGAGGAACUCCCUCAUCCCAAUCUUUCUCAGAUUCCAAGCAAUAUUUACGGAGCAUAGACUUCAGGGUCUGAUGCCAACGUUCAAGCGCACCCUGAGACUCUGGGUGAUAUGCGCUUGUCACACGGUGUGUAACUGACAAGGAUUUUAACACUUGUUUGAAAAGUUUAGAAAGGAAAUUCGUACCCUGAUCAGUUUGUAUCACCUUAGGUAAUCCAAAAGUUGAGAAGAAUUUGAUCAACGCUUUACUCACCACUGGAGCCGUAAUCCUUCGCAGAGGAAUGGCCUCUGGGUACCUGGUGGUCACACACAUAAUUGUCAACAUAAACUGGUUACCAGAUUUUGUUUUUGGUAAUGGUCCAACACAAUCAACCAUCACAUGUUCGAAGGGUUCACCUAUUGCCGGUAUGGGACAAAGAGGCGCGGGGGAAAUAACCUGGUUCGGUUUCCCAACUACUUGACAGGUGUGGCAAGUCCGACAGAACUGAGCCACAUCUUGUUUUAAGCCAGGCCAAAAGAAAUGUCGCAAAACUCGAUCAUAAGUCUUGGUGACUCCCAGAUGUCCGGACCACUGGUGAUCAUGAGCGAGGGAUAAAACAUUUUGUCGAAAGGCUGUAGGAAUCACUAUUUGGUAAACAGCAUUCCAAUCUCCGCCAGCGUCAACAUGGGAUGUCCAUUUACGCAUGAGGAGAUUACCAUCAAUGAAGUAUGCCAUGUUUUUCUUCUUUAGCUCCUCCUCUGAGACAACACUAGAAAAACAUUUAGCUAGGCUAAUGUCAACCUGUUGGUUAGCGAUCAGCUGCUCACGAGUAACUGGUAACUGUAUUGCCUCAGCAACAAGUUCCACAUCCUUCUUCCUUUCUCUGGGCUGUUGGUCAGACUGCACCAGCUUACCAGAGGUAGAACCCGAACUAUCCUCUGGGUCACACUCUCUGAAUAGAAUCGUGUUCGACAAAUCUAUCACUUCACCCACUUGUCGUGCUUGAGCACGUGUGACAGCACAAGCGGGGAACACAUCUGGAUAACCCUGUGCCAGCUCCUCGGAGAGAGACUGGUCACUUUUAUCCAAUACUUCCAAUACGGGUAUCACCUUUCCUCCGGCAAUAUCGUUGCCCAUUAUAAAUGUCACACCUUUUACUGGCAACAUAGGACGUACGCCAACUCUGAACAAUCCACUGACUAACUCAGAGUGUACGUUCACAAAGUGCAAUGGCACUGGGACAAAUCCCAUUUCAAUUCCUUGUACUAACACACUGGAACCACAAUAUGUAUUAUUAGACAAGGGCAACACAUCAGCUAGUAUGAACGACUGCGCCGCACCAGUAUCUCUGAGGAUUCUAACUGGACGCUGAGACGCUUCGUCAUCUGAUAUAGAAACAAACCCCUCAAAAAUGAACGGUUCAUAACUGUGAUCUGGGACAGGGACUUUCAAACCACAUUCACUAUGAGGCCUCUGUCUUGAUUCCGGCCUUACAACCGUACGAAUCAGCCCAACACCCGUUGGCGGCCUGGCGUGCUGAGGCAUCCCCUGUUUGCGUUUUAGCAGAAAGCAAUCAUUAACCAUAUGUCCCACCUUAUGACAAUAGAAACAGUGACGCACAUAUUUUGGGCGUGCUGGAUGUACUGCUGGUCGACUAGGACUAAAAGUUAGCAACUCCGCAGCCCUGCUCUCCGUACGAGCCGAAAACACGCUCUUAUGCGUCAACACAAACUCGUCUGCCAAUACAGACGCUUCCGACAGUGAGGAUACUUUCUGUUCGUUCAGAUAAACUACACUGCGUUCGGGUAAGCAAUUUUUAAACUCUUCUAACAAGAUUAACUCCCGUAGAGAGUUAAAAUCAGUUACUUUACUAGCACUGUGCCAUUUGUCAAACAGAUUUCCUUUGUCUCUAGCAAACUCCACAUAAGUCUGAGUAGGAGACUUUUUAUGAGACCUAAAUCUCUGCCGAUAUGCCUCAGGAACAAGCUCAUAGGCACGAAGAACAGUAGCUUUGACCACUUCAUAAUUCAAACUGUCUUCAAGAGGUAGCGCUGCCUGAAAAAACUCAGUAUUCUGUGAUUUACCCUCCUGCGCCUGACUCCUUCAAAUCACCCAUCACAGAAUCACCCACCAACUAUGGAGUCAGCGGGAGAGGAGCGCAUGCCUGGAGUCGUGGCACGGGUCCAGGAGCAUUCGACGAUGCUAGCCAGCUUGGGAGAAGCGAUGGAUCGGGUUCUCCAGGUCGUCCAACGCCUGGAGAGGACCCGAUCUGUCGAGACCAGCUGGGCGACCAUUCCAGCCAUCCACACCCCAGCACCCAGAGGGAUCCAUAUAUCCCGACCAAGGGAUUUCGACGGGACAGCUGCUCUCUGCCAAGGAUUCCUCCUCCAACUGGAGUUCUGUUAUUCCAGCAUCAGCCCGGCCCCAUUGGAGCGGGAGAAGGUGUCCGCACUCGUCUCCUGCCUCUCUGGGAAAGCCCUGGAGUUGGCCAAUGCGGUCUGGAAUGAAGGAGAAGCCGCGUUGGACAACUACGGGGAGUUCGCUCGCCUCUUUUGGGCUGUCUUCGAUCACCCACCCGAGGGUCGAGAGGCAGGCGAGCGGCUGGUCCACCUGAAGCAGGGGACGAGGACCACUCAGGACUUCGCCCUGGAGUUACGGACUCUAGCAGCUGGGUCCGGGUGAAACGAGCGGGCCCUCAUCGACCACUUCCGGUGCCAUCUGUGGGAGGACGUCCGAAGGGAGCUAGCCUACCGGGAUACCAUGUUGUCCUUCACUCAACUGGUGGACAUCCGCUUGGACAACAUGCUGGCGGCCAGAGGACGUCCUGGAGGGGGUCUACCCGUUCCAACCCCGCCCGACUCAGAUCACGAGCUGAUGGAGCUGGGUGGAGCAGCGAUCCAAGAGAGCGGAUGACGACAGCACCAGUGUCACUCUGGUGGCACGAGAGGACAUUUCACCUCACGAUGUCGUCAGCGUUCUUUUGGGUCUGGAGGCAGCAGGCAGGGCACUCUCACAUCACCCCAGGUAUUGAACACUCACACUCGUUCAGAGCCCUCUGCUGUGCACUGUACCCUACCCAUCCACUUUCCUGAUCACAUUGUAGUUCCCCAGUGUAAGGUGCUAGUCGAUUCAGGCGCAGCUGGGAACUUUAUGGACAGGUCAUUCUCACACAGUCUAGGCCAGGGGUGUCAAACUCAUUUUAGCUCAGGGGCCACAUGGAGGAAAAUCUAUUCCCAAGUGGGCUGGACCGGAAAAAUCAUGGUAUAUAUAACUUAAAAACAACAACUUCAGAUUGUUUUCUUUGUUUUAAUACGAUCAACAUACAACAUAAAGCUGGAGCCUGAGGACAGUGUGUCCAAAAUAGUACAAGCACAACAUCACUAUUAAUCAUAAAACACGUCAAGUUUAUUUGAAAAUUCUAAAGAAAAAGAACACACAAACACACAAUGCCUCAGUGAUUAACAGAACUGUUUCACAGAUCACAGAACUAUAUCAGGUUGUCAUUUCUCAGGCAGAAAUGUAGAUAAAAAUAAUGAAAUCCUGUUCCCCAAACAAGUGCAAGAACCACAGAGUCAAGAAUAGGUUAAAUAUACAAAUAAAAUAAAAUCAAUUAACAAUAGCACAUCAACAUAAAAACAUAUAAACAUAAAGCUGGAGCCUGAGGACAGUGUCCAAAAGCACAACAUCACUAUUAAUCAUAAAACACCUCAAGUUAUUUGAAAGUUCUGAGGACAAAGAACACACAAACACACAAUGCCUCAGUGAUUAACAGAACUGUUUCACAGAUCACAGAACUAUAUCAGGGUGUCAUUUCUCAGGCAGAAAUGUAGAUAAGAAUAAUGAAAUCCUGUUCCCCAAACAAGUGCAAGAACCACAGAGUCAAGAAUAGGUUAAAUAUACAAAUAAAAUAAAAUCAAUUAAAAACAAUAGCACAUCAACAUAAAAACAUAUAAACAUAAAGCUGGAGCCUGAGGACAGUGUCCAAAAGUACAACAUCACUAUUAAUCAUAAAACACCUCAAGUUAUUUGAAAGUUCUGAGGACAAAGAACACACAAACACACAAUGCCUCAGUGAUUCACAGAAGUAUAUCACAGAUCACAGAACUAUAUCAGGGUGUCAUUUCUCAGGCAGAAAUGUAGAUAAAAAUAAUGAAAUCCUGUUCCCCAAACAAGUGCAAGAACCACAGAGUCAAGAAUAGGUUAAAUAUACAAAUAAAAUAAAAUCAAUUAAAAACAAUAGCACAUCAACAUAAAAACAUAUAAACAUAAAUCUGAAAGCGUUGCUCAAACUCCCGUAACAGUCCCGUUAUUUUAUCUUUGAACCGCUUCAUGUCUGCCACAUGUUGGGUUGCGCACACAUUUUUCAGACAGGGGAAGUGAGCUGCAUCACCACCGGCAUGUUGCGUCUCCCACAAUGACAGCUUCAACUUGAAAGAACGUAUGCUGUCAUAAUACUGCGUGACAACUUUGUUGCGCCCUUGCAGCUGUUUGUUCAAGUUAUUCAGGUGCUCUGUAACAUCCACCAUAAAUUCAAGGUCCUGCAUCCAUUCUGCGGAAUGAAAUUCUAACACUGGUUUGCCCUUUUCUUCCAUGAACUGUUCAAUCUCUUCUCGUAAAUCAAAGAAACGCCUCAGCACAGCACCUCGGCUUAACCAUCUUACCUCAGUGUGGUAUGGCAGGCCAUAGAUGUGGUCUUUCUCUCUGAGAAGGCUGUCAAACUGACGGUGAUUCAGGCUUCUGGAUCGGAUGAAAUUAACAGUUUGGAUGACCACCUUCAUGACGUUAUCCAUCUUUAAUGACUUGCAACACAAAGCCUCCUGGUGCAAAAUACAGUGAAAAGUCAAAAAAUCACGUCCUCCAUUUGCAGAUUGCACUUUCUCUCUGAACUUUGUCACAACGCCUGCUUUUUUCCCGAUCAUUGAGGGCGCACCAUCUGUAGCCAGGCUGACAGUGCGGGACCAGUCCACUCCGACCCUGUCCAGCGCGCCGACGAGUGCGGUAAAAAUAUCAGCUGCUGUCGUUGUAUCUGUCAUCGGCACCAACUCCACAAACUCCUCGGUGACGGUCAAUGUGUCAUCAACUCCGCGGAUGAAAAUGGCCAGUUGUGCAACAUCUGUAAUGUCCGUGCUUUCAUCAAUUGCAACCGAAAACGCAAUAAAUGACUUUACUUUUUGCUUCAACUGGCUGUCCAAAUCCACUGAAAGAUCGGAAAUCCUGUCUGCAACUGUGUUUCUUGUCAGGCUGAUAUUUGCAAAAGCCUGCCGCUUUUCAGUGCACACAAUCUCCGCUGCCUUCAUCAUGCAUGUUUUUACAAAUUCACCCUCACUAAAGGUUUUGAAGCCACUGCGAUUUCAUUAGCAAUGAGGUAGCUAGCUUUCACUGCAGCGUCACUGAUGUCUCGGCUGUGAGUAAACACAGACUGCUGUUUCUUCAGACCCGCCAACAGUUCAUUCACCUUCUCUCAUCUCCGCUGUCCUUGAAAGUUGUCAUAUCUGUCGGAAUGAAGACUCACAUAGUGGCGACGAAGGUUAUAUUCUUUCAGCACUGCAACAUGCUCUGAACACACCAAACAUACAGAUUUCCCAUUCAAUUCCGUGAAUAAAUAGGAUGACCAGUUUUCUUGGAACACUGCACUCUGCGUCCACUUUUCUCUUUUUUGACAGAGACAUAUUGGGGCAAUGAGGGUGCCAAAACACAUCAUGUUAAAAGUAGAAGCCGUAAUAAAUAUCGCGGGCAAAACAAAGUAGCUCAUUGGCUGCACGUGCUUGACCUACAUGCUCUGCCCCGGUAUAAACAGUUUGCUUGCUUAACACAAUUGCUAGUGCGCCAUCCAGUGGACGCAAUUGGAACAGCAGUUUAUUUAAUUGAAAAAUUGCAGCGCAUUUUUAUACUUUACAAUUUUAUUUUAUAUAUAUAUAUAUAUAUUUUUUUAAAUCAUCUCGCGGGCCGGAUUAAACCCGUUUGCGGGCCUGAUCCGGCCCGCGGGCCGGACGUUUGACACCCCUGGUCUAGGCAUUUCAUUGGUUCCCCUAUCCAUUCCACUCCCCAUCAGAGCACUUGACAGUCGACCAUUAGGGUCCAGGUUAGGUAGGGAGGUUACAGCACCAGUCACUAUGGUUACCCAUGAGACUCAUCGCGAGCAAGUAACUUUUUUAUUAUUGAGUCUCCUGCUUUCCCUGUAGUAUUAGGAAUUCCUUGGUUAGCACUCCACAACCCCACCUUCUCAUGGCCGCAGAGGGUUCUCACGGGGUGGUCGCGAGAGUGUCAGGGUAGGUGUCUCGGUGUUCCGUUGGUGCAACCACGGUGGAAAGUCCAGACAGUUCCUCCACUGUGUGCAUUCCCCCCGAAUACCUCGAUUUGGCGCACGCGUUUUCCAAAACGCAGGCAACCAAGUUACCACCUCAUCGGGCGGGGGAUUGCGCGAUAAACCUCCGGGUAUAUGCUGUGCCUCCCAGGAGUCAUGUGUAUCCCCUGUCACAGGCUGAACGGAGGCUAUGGAGACAUACGUCAAAGAGUCCCUGCGCCAGGGGUUUAUAUGUCCCUCCACUUCGCCCGCCUCCUCAAGUUUAUUUUUUGUGAAGAAGAAAGACGGCGGUCUGCGCCCUUGCAUUGAUUAUCGAUCACUGAACAAGGAGACGAUACGAUUUAGUUAUCCUCUCCCCCUCAUUUCUUCGGUGAUCGAGUCAAUGCAUGGGGCGCACUUGUUUACCAAAUUAGAUCUCCGGAGUGCGUACAAUCUGGUGUGUGCCCGAGAGGGGGAUGAGUGGAAGACAGCAUUCAGCACAACCACAGGGCAUUAUGAAUACCUGGUGAUGCCUUACGGUUUGAUGAAUGCUCCAUCCGUCUUCCAGUCCUUUGUGAACUAGGUGUUUUGGGACAUGCUUGGUCGCAGUGUAGUGGUCUACAUCGAUGACAUUCUGGUGUAUUUCCGCUAUGCGCGUCGAGCAUGUGUCCCUGGUUCGCAAAGUGCUGGCCCGACUGUUGGAAAAUGACCUUCAUGCCAAGGCAGAAAAGUGUCUGUUUUUCCAACAGUCCGUCUCCUUCCUCAGAUACCGCAUUACCACCUCAGGUGUGGAGAUGGAGGGUGAUCGCAUUUCAGCCAUGCGUAUUUUGCCAACUCCAACCACGGUAAAGGAGGUGCAGCGCUUUAUUGGCUUUUCCAACUACUAUCGGAGGUUUAUCCGGGGCUUUGGCAAGGUCGCAGCUCCCAUCACAUCUCUGUUGAAGGUUGGGCCGUCCUGGCUCCGCUGGUCUGCUGAGGCUGACAGGGCCUUCAGUAACCUGAGGGGUCUGUUCACCUCAGCCCCGGUACUGGCCCACCCCAAUCCAUCACUACCGUUCAUAGUGGAGGUGGAUGCGUCCGAGGUAGGGAUAGGCACUGUCCUAUCUCAAUGCUCGGGCACGCCACCCAAGCUCCGCCCCUGUGCCUUCUUCUCCAAGAAGCUCAGCCUGGCAGAGCAGAACUACGACGUUGGUGAUCGGGAGCUGUUAGCUGUUGUCCGAGCCCUGACCGUGUGGAGGCACUGUCUCGAAGGGGCGAAACACCCUUUCCUCGUCUGGACGGACCACCGUAACCUGGAGUACAUCCGGGCAGCGAGGAGGCUGAACCCUCGCAAGGCCAGGUGGGCCCUAUUCUUCACCCGGUUUGAUUUCACUCUAUCAUACAUCCCGGGUACGAAGAACGUGAAGGCAGACAUAUUGUCACAGCUGAACGACACAGAGGAGAGGCCCAGAGACAACACCCCCAUACUCACGGCCUCCUGCAUUGUGGCGCCGAUAGUAUGGACGUGGAUAUAGAGCAGGCGUUACGCACAGAGCCAUCUCCACCUCAGUGUCCAGCUGGGCUGCAGUACGUGCCUGCUCUUGUCCGUGACCAGCUGAUCUACUGGGCACACACGUCCCCUUUCACUCUAUCAUACAUCCCGGGUAUGAAGAACGUGAAGGCAGACAUAUUGUCACAGCUGUAUGACACAGAGGAGAGGCCCAGAGACAACACCCCCAUACUCCCGGCCUCCUGCAUUGUGGCGCCGAUAGUAUGGACGUGGAUAUAGAGCAGGCGUUACGCACAGAGCCAUCUCCACCUCAGUGUCCAGCUGGGCUGCAGUACGUGCCUGCACUUGUCCGUGACCAGCUGAUCUACUGGGCACACACGUCCCCCUCCUCUGGUCACCCAUGUAUCGGUCGAACAGUGCGCUGCCUGACUGGAAAGUACUGGUGGCUUACCUUGGCUAAGGACGUGAGGGUGUAUGUCUCCUCCUGCUCAGUGUGCACCCAGAGUAAGGCACCUAGGCACCUCCCAGCGGGUAAGUUACAGCCAUUACCAGUUCCACAACUAAGUAUUGAUUUCCUAACUGAUCUUCCCCUCUCUCAAGGUAACAUCACCAUCCUGGUCGUUGUGGACCGCUUUUCCGAGGCCUGCCACCUCCUUCCUCUGCCCAGUCUCCCCACGGCCCUGCAGACUGUGGAGGCCCUGUUUACACACGUCUUCCGGCACUACUGGGUACCAGAGGACAUAGUGUCUGACCGGGGUCCCCAGUUCACAUCCAAGGCCUGGAAGGCAUUCAUGGAACGUCUGGGGGUCUCGGUCAGCCUGACCUCUGGUUUCCACCCCGAGUCUAAUGGGCAGGUGGAGUGGGUAAAUCAGGAUGUGGGUAGGUUCCUAUGGUCCUACUGCCAGGACCGGCCGGGGGAGUGGUUGGUGUUCUUGCCAUGAGCCGAAUAUGCCCAGAACUCUCUCCGUCACUCCUCCACUAACCUAACGCCAUUCCAAUGUGUUUUAGGUUACCAACCGGUUCUGGCACCGUGGCACCAGAGCCAGAUUGAGGCUCCUGUGGUGGAUGACUGGUUUCGGUGCGCGGAGGAGACGUGGAACGCUGCUCACGUCUACCUCCAACGCGCUGUUCGUCGUCAGAAGGCCAAUGCUGACCGCCACCGCAGUGAAGCCCCGGACUUCGUACCGGGUGAUCAGGUCUGGCUCUCGACCCGGAAUCUGCCCCUCCGCCUGCCCUGCUGGAAGCUGACCUCGCGGUUUGUGGGGCCGUUCAAAGUCCUGAGGAGGAUGAACGAGGUUACUUAUAGGUUAUUACUUCCCCAUGAUUAUCGUAUUAACCCCUCAUUUCAUGUGUCUCUCCUCAGGCCGGUUGUGGCUGGUCCGCUCCAGGAGUCUGAGGUGUGGGAGGUCCCUCCGCCUCCUCUGGACAUCGAGGGGGCCCCGGCGUACUCCGUCCGUUCCAUCCUGGAUUUGAGGUGUCGGGUGGGGGGCCAUCAGUACCUCGUGGAGUGGGAGGGGUACGGUCUGGAGGAACGGUGCUGGGUCCCGGUGAGGGAUAUCCUCGAUCCCUCCCUGUUGUGGGAUUUCCACCGUCGCCAUCCGGCUCGCCCUGCUCCGCGUCCUCCUGGCCUUCCCGAGGCCGGUGUCGGCGCGCUGCUGGGGCUGCGCGUCAAGGGGGUGGGUACUGUCAUGACUUCCUCUGAAGCUGCCUCCUCUCCUUGUUCGGGCAGGCUUCGGCGUUUGUCAUCACCGGCCUUCUAGCCACUGCCGCAUCACAUCUCAUCAUUCCAUUUGUUUUGUCUUGUCUAUUACACACACAUGGUUCAUAUCCCCACAUUAGUAUGUGUAUAAGUGUUCCCUCUGCCCCCUUGUCCUUGUGGGUGAUUGUUUAUUUUGAGGAGAGAGUAGUUCGGUUGAGCUACGUGUAUUUUGUAUUGCCGGGGUAUAUUUUCCCCAUGUGCCUGUUUUGUUCCAGUGUGCCUGGACUGUUUGCGCACUGGACUGUUUUGACUCUAUCAUGCGUAACUCUGUAUUCCAGAAUAAACUCUGUAUUCUGUGAUUUACCCUCCUGUGCCUGACUCCUUCAAAUCACCCAUCACACUUCUAUCUAUAGCCAUAAAAAUGACACAUCAAAUAGCCUAACAAUGAGGAAAAAAGUAGUCAGCUUGAGGAUAAAUUUUGCCACUAUUGUUGAACUCAGCAUGUUUUGUCUGGCUAAUAGCCUACACAAAUGGGCUCCAAUCUCUAGUAAAUUCAAUCAAAUUAAAUUACAUCCAAUUUGAGAGACUCUCCCCAUGUCUUCUGAAGUCCUGUUUUUGCUUCUCUCUCUGUGUCUGUUUUGCUCUUUCUUUCUUUUAGAAAAAAGUCUCUCUGUGCUUGUCUCUCUUUUCUUUUUACCUAGAGGCCUAUAGUAGCUACAGUAUGCGACUGCGUCGCCUUGCAUUUUUGUGUGCAAAUGUUUUCACCAAAGCCUGUAGGUCCAGGUUGCGGGCCUGACUGUUUUCUAUACUGAGAAGAAACAAAUACUUAACUUCCUAGUAAAUAUGGAAAUUAAAAAGGUUAUGAUUGACUUUUUGGAGAGUUAAUGUCAAAAUUAUUUAUAAAAUAAAAUAGAGCUUGUGGGCCCCCCCACCUUGUGUGGGCUGCGGGGGUGUCCGGUAUGCCAGUGAUCUCUUAAGUCAUUUCUUGUACAUUAUCUCAUUUGUACUAUAGAUCAGUGGUGGGUAAAUGCUUUUCAAACUAACUCCACUAGGUGUCACUAGGACAAUCAGAACCGUAAAUCCGGAUAUUUUCUCUCAAGUGCAUGUGGCAAGGUUAAAAGCAAUAACCAGCAGAUAAAUUACACCAAGUAAACACAGUGUUGAACGAGGAGUGAAUGUCUGUGUACCUGUGUCCACUGCAGAGACUGAGACACUGGGACCAUGCCAUGUCUGUGCUGGAGUGUGAGAGGCACCCCUUCAGUAUGAUAACAGAGCGGGCCGUGUCCUAUCAGAUCAAUGUGCAGGCCCGUGUGCACAGCCAGCGGCAGGACUUCAACAGUAGUCCCAUCAACCAGGAGAUUGGGCUGAGCAAGCGCACCUGCAAGAACCAGGUAUGGAGGCAUGAGAAGGGAUGAUGCAGGAAAAGGGAGGGUGGAGUCAGUGUCUGUGUGAUUUCAGGACAGGAGAUAGGGUCUAGUACUUUCAGGAUAUGAGCAUUGCAAUGUUGUGAUUUAGUUGGAUAAAAGUAAAUUGAUAAUUUUGGGUAGCUUAAACAAAUAAACUUCAAGAGGAUUGACUCAGAUACUAGCUAACAGGGCAUUGUAUUCCAAUUUCUGUUGUAUUUAGAGGGUUCUGGUAGCUGAGUACUGAACUGCUGUACAUCUUCUUUCCUCUGUGUGCAGGUGUUCAAGGUGAAGGGCCUCAGCUUGCCCAUCUUCGUGACCUUUGCCCUCACCUUCCCUGCAGUC